UGUGUGUACGCUGCAACCAGUUCCACUGAAAAGCAGGCCCUGACUCCCCCGUUCUUCUUCUUCCCACUCCUCUUGCAGAAGAAGAGCCGAGAGGAGAGUUGUGGUGAGGGCAGUGGGGUGGAGAUCCUAGAGAACAAGCCGUAUGAGGAUGGUCCAGGCGGGUCGGGUCAGUACACACACAAGGUGUACCACAUCGGGAAACACAUCCCCUCAUGGUUCUGUUCCAUCCUGCCUCAGGCUGCUCUACGCGUGGAAGAGGAGUCCUGGAACGCCUACCCAUACACACGCACACGGUAUACCUGUCCAUUCGUAGAGAAGUUCUCCAUAGACAUUGAGACGUAUUAUAAACCUGACACAGGGACCCAAGAGUGCUUCAAUCUGUCAUCAGCAGAAAAAAGAACAAGGACUAUAGACCCCAUUGACAUUGUGAAGGACUACAUUGCACCUCAUGAGUACCUGGUUGAGGAGGACCCUAAGCUGUACUUAUCAGAGAGAACCAAGCGAGGACCACUGACUGACGACUGGAUCGAACUCAUCAACCAGAACCCGACCCAGAACACGGUCAUGUGUGCCUACAAGCUCUGCAAGGUGGAGUUCAGAUACUGGGGCAUGCAGUCCAAGAUAGAACGCUUCAUUCACGAUGUUGGCCUGCGCAAGGUGAUGGUGCGAGCCCACCGGCAGGCAUGGUGCUGGCAAGAUGAGUGGUACGGUCUGACCAUAGAGGACAUCAGACAGCUGGAGCUGGAGACCCAGCUAGCCCUGGCCAGGACGAUGGCCCAGUACAGUCUCAGUGACACCGAGGAGGGGGCGGAAGUGACCAACGGGACCUCUGCCACCCCCGACCAGGACCAGGAGGGAGUGAAGGCCCUGGGGGAGGGGGGAGAGGUGGAGGGAGGACGGACAGGGCUGGGAGAUGCGUUACAGACGCGCGGAGAGCUCACCAAGCAGUGGUCGACUUCGUCCAAGUCGUCUAAUAGAUCCUCGAAGAGAGGAGGAAGCCCCGUCCACCAGAACAUCUCAGAGUGGCGGAUGCAGAGUAUCGCUCGUGACUCCGAGGACAGCACGGACGACGAGUUCUUUGACGCUCACGAGGACUUCUCUGGGGAUGAGGAGAUGCUGUUACAUGCCAAGGAGAUGACCAAGUGGAGUUCCAACGACCUAAUGGACAAGAUGGAGACUACAGAGACGGACGAGGGCCAGGAGAACCUGUAUCAGUCGGGUGAAGAGUAUGCCGCGACCAGUAGUGACGAGAGACUCCUUGAGGAUGGGUCGUCUCGGCAGUGUAUGGCGCCCUCAAAGAUCCACGUUCUCCUCCUGGUGCUUCACGGGGGUAACAUCCUAGACACUGGAGCAGGUGAGCCAAAUAGUAAGCAGGCGGACGUCAACACUCUGACCGGAGCGUUUGAGACAGUGAUGAGGGUCCAUUACCCAGCAGCCCUAGGACGCAUCGCCAUCCGCGUGGUUCCUUGCCCCGCGGUGUGUGCCGACGCCUUUUCCCUGGUGUCCAAUCUCAGUCCUUAUAGUUAUGACGAGAGCUGCCUCUCCAACAGUCAGGACCACAUCCCUCUAGCUGCACUGCCUCUAUUGGCCACCUCCGCUCCCCAGUACCAGGAUGCCGUGGCUACCGUCAUCCAACGAGCCAAUCAGGUGUAUGGGGACUUCUUAAGGUCCUUGGAAGGGACAUCCUUCUCCGGACAGGUAUGUGUGAUCGGGGACUGUGUAGGUGGUAUCCUAGGGUUUGAUGCUCUGUGCAGCAGUAACGUCACCGUCUCAGAGAGCCAGAACAGCAGCAGACGAGGCAGCACUGUCAGCGUACAGGACACAGACCUCCUCUCCCCAGGCAUCAUAAUAAACAGUGUCUCUCCGUCCUCUCCAUCUUCUCCGUCUCUGGAGGGCAGUCGCCAUCUUAGUCGCAGUAACAUUGACAUCCCUCGCAGCUUAGGGCCUGACGACCCCAAGACUAUGCUGCCACGCAAACGCAGUGACUCCUCCACCUACGAACUAGACACCAUCAAACAGCACCAGGCCUUCCUGUCCAGUCUCCACAGCAGUGUGUUGAGAACAGACCCGGGUUCGAGGCGCUCCAGCAGCAGUACCAUGCUAGAAGGAGGGGGGUCGCUAGGGAGGCUAGACUUCGAGGUGGCAGACUUCUUCCUCUUUGGUUCUCCUCUGGGUCUGGUGCUGGCACUGAGGAAGACUGUUGUGCCGUCUAUAGAUGUCUCAGCGUUGCGUCCAGCUUGUCAGCAGCUGUAUAACCUGUUUCAUCCAGCGGACCCCUCUGCCUCCCGCCUGGAGCCCCUCCUAGAGAAGAGGUUUCACCAGCUGCCCCCCUUCUGUGUCCCCCGAUACCAACGCUUCCCUCUGGGGGACGGGCACUCGGCUCUGCUGGUGGAGACGAUGCAGAGUAACCCCCAGCUCCUGUUGGAGUCAGUACCCCUGCGUUACCAGGAGGGGGGCGUCAGUGAGACCUCCAUCCCCGUCCCUGUACUCAACUGGCCCCAACAGGCCGCACAGCUCAACGACACUGACGUGCUCCACUCCCACUGUGGUGUGUUUGUGGACAGCCAGUACCCAGCCUCCCCGCUGACCGGACCCCCCCACCCCAGGGGCCUCCGUAGGUCCAGUGAGGCCAGCAUCGCCAGCCAGGUGUCAGGCAUGGCCGACUCAUACACCGCCUCCAACAUCACCAACAUUGCAUCUCGGUGGUGGGGCAGUAAGAGGAUGGACUUUGCCUUGUACUGUCCUGAUGCCCUCACAGCCUUCCCCACUGUAGCCCUGCCUCACCUCUUCCAUGCGUCGUACUGGGAGUCCACUGACGUCGUCUCCUUCCUACUCAGACAGGUGAUGAGGCAUGAGAACUCGAGUAUUCUGGAGCUGGACGGUAAAGAGGUGACCGAGUUCAGGCCCUCUAAACCCAGAGAGAAGUGGAUCCGCAAGAGGACCCACGUCAAGAUCAGGAACGUGACGGCCAACCACCGCGUGAACGAUGCGGUGUUCUCUGAGGACGGAACACAGCUGGUGAUGGGGCGCUUCAUGUACGGACCUCUGGACAUGGUCACCCUCACUGGGGAGAAGAUUGACAUCCACAUCAUGACCCAGCCCCCCUCAGGAGAGUGGGUGUACUUUGACACCGAGCUGACCAAUAGCAGCGGACGCAUCUCUUAUGUCAUCCCAGAGAGCAAAAGGCUGGGCAUUGGAGUUUAUCCUGUCAAGCUGGUCGUCAGGGGUGACCAUACGUUUGCGGACAGCUACCUGACGGUGUUGCCGCGGGGAACAGACUUUGUAGUGUUCAGUAUCGACGGCUCGUUUGCUGCCAGCGUGUCCAUCAUGGGCAGCGACCCCAAGGUCAGGGCUGGAGCUGUGGACGUGGUCAGACACUGGCAGGACCUGGGCUAUCUGAUAGUGUAUGUGACGGGUCGCCCAGACAUGCAGAAGCAGCGUGUGGUGGCCUGGCUGUCUCAGCAUAACUUCCCUCAUGGAAUCGUGUCCUUCUGUGACGGCCUGGUCCACGACCCCCUCAGACACAAAGCCAACUUCCUCAAGUCCCUUAUCUGUGAGGCCCAUAUGAAGAUAUUUGCCGCGUACGGCUCUACUAAGGAUAUCACAGUGUACUCCUCCUUAGGCCUGCCCCCAUCACACAUCUACAUAGUGGGACGGCCCACCAAGAAGAUGUCCAGCCAGUGUCAGUUCAUCCCAGACGGCUAUGCGUCCCAUCUGUCCCAGCUGGAGUACAGUCAGAGGUCUCGUCCUGCCAAGACCGCCAGCGCCCGUAUUGUUCUCCGUAAGGGAAGCUUCGGACUGGGCGCCGCCGGGGGGGACUACCUCCGCAAGCGCAACCACAUCCUGCGCUCCAUCAACUCAACUGGGGGGGCGGGCUCUAGCUCCCCUGGCCAACCAGGACGCACAGAACGCACGCUGAGCCAAUGCGAGGUAGAGAGAGAGAGAGCAGGAGCGGGCACCCAGAGGAGUAUGAGUAUAGCUGCUGGGUGUUGGGGCCGCACCGGGAGCACCAAGGAGGGGUCAGGAGGAUUACUCAGCCCAAAAUAGGACUCACCAGACUGGGCUAUAGGGGGGAGGGGACCCUGCCUGACUCUACCUGGAGCACCAUGAUCUUUGGACUGGCCCGAGAGAGACAAGGAGAGAGGAUGGAUGGAGAGGAAAAAGUAUGUUUAAGAGAAAGAGAGAAAGGAAAGGAUGGGAUGAAAGUGGGAUAAGGUUUACUGAGGGGCGGAAAGUGAGAGGGAGGAAGUGAAAGGAGAGGGAAGGAAAAGGGCCAAAGAGGGUGAGCAAGAGGAGGAAGCAGGGUCUCUUGGGAAAUAGAUAUGAAAGGAAUAGAGAGAGAAGAGAUUGGUUGAGUGAAAAGUAAAGCCAGAAACAUGGGAGGUGCUCUGACUUUGCUGUAAAGAUCAAAUUACAUUUCUACUGUAGCAUUAGAGUCUCACAGUCAAGACUUUUAUAUUACCUACCUUGGCCACUAAAAGAAAAUAACUGGAAAAUAAAAUAAAUUAAAACUAAAAACAAACGAUCAUAAGCCUUAAUCGUCACCCCCUGAGGGCCUGGAGUGCCUACCCUUGUCUGAGUAAUUGUUGAAUGUACUCGCUCUACCUAGAGGACAAUGGGAAUUCACACACAUACAAACACCCCAGCUCAGGACAGGCCCGGACAGUGGAGCCACAAAAAUAAGACUCAAAUGGUGAUCUGGAGGUCAGUCUGUAGCCAUGGCAACAAGUCAACAACUUAAUCUGUUUUUAUCCCUCUAUCCGCUGAGAUACACCUCCUUCCUUCCCGCUAACCCCAUUGUGUCUGGCAAUAAGAAAACAAGUCCCCUCACACUGCCCGGAGAGAAGCACCACUACCCUAUAGAAUGAGAGAGGGAAGAGGAAAAGCAAGAGGAAGGGGGCUGGAAGGAAAGAGGGUGGAUACAGAGAGAGAUGCAAGACAAAAGGGAGGGAGGGGAAAGGUUAUUGGUGACAUGUACAAUUUCCUCUAGUCUAUUCCUGGGCCAUUUCUCUACUUUUAUCAGUGUUUUCUACCGUUGACCUCAGCUCCAGUCCUUUUCACUCCGUAACAGAGUAGCUACUGUACUGUACCACGUCUUUCAGCAUGGCCUGUGGGCCAUCCCAGGCCUUAAACCCCAAUGACACAUUUAUAACGUCAGACUCUGAAGGAUCCCAGGACUGAGCUAGACAAGGCUUGUCAUAACAGUAGACAUUAGUGACACUUUUUAAACGCUGAACAAACGGAACACAGCAGCAAUCCCUUUACCAGACCAUCUGCUUGCAAUACCUCUGAGCCACCAGUGGGGGAGCAGUGUCUCUCUCUGUUUUCCAAAAGCAUGAUGCUGUUGGUAUUCAUUUCAGUUCAUCCUGCGGCGCCUCUUAGCUAUCAACCUUUGUCAUUACACACCAUUCAGUGACACUCCAGUGGACUUCCCUAUGAUGCUCAGAGCUCUUUCCUCCUUGAGGGAUGUGAUGAAUGCUAUUCAUUGGACAUUACUACAUUUCAGUCUGGAUACUAAAAGUGAUCUAGGCUUUUCACAGUGAUUUAAGUUUUUCAGCGAACCCUCACUAUUCAAAGGACGGAAGCGGGACGUUUCAUGAUUCCUAACAAACAGACGAGGACAGGCGAUGAGGUCACAGGAAGAAGGGUUGUAAACGUUCUGAGAGCAGACAGGAUGGCCAGACACCCUCAGGGGCAGGAAGACAUGCUUUGAUUCCACUUUAUUUCACAGUUCCCCUAUCCUGUUUUCUUUUUUUACCUGUUUUUUACCUAAUAAUAACCACCACCCGAUACCAAGUUGUUUCCAAUUGUGAUUCGUUAUCUGAAGUACCAGAGAAAAUACCAUGUUAUUACUUAGCAAAUACCAGCUGGUAUCGGACUAUAAAAGAAAGGGUUACUAAUGCUUUCACUAAAGCUAUGGCAACCUGUACAGAGAAUUUUAGAUGAACACCUAACUCUCAUACUACCUGUUAUCUAAUACCUGGCCCCUACUGUAUGGUUAGGUAUUCUCAUCGUCUUCAAUUAUAUCCCCAUCACUAAUCACACAAAGCCAACAAUCUCUCUCUCUCUAGCGGCUGUAGUAUCUCAACCUGUUCAACCUCGUUGUUGUUUUUUUGCACUCGUUUAUGUUGGAGAAUCGUGUUACCGUCUCAUGUCGGUACAUAUUUGUUACCUUUUUGUAGUGCAUGACAUAAAAACGAUUCAUUAUUGCAGGGUAUAUGUGCUGCAGUAGGAUACACACUUGUGUACAUUUAUUCAAUGUCAGGAUUACUGAAUAAUGUAGAAUAACGUGCCAAACAGUUGUUGGGUGUGGGAAGCUAAUGUGCCAGGCUGUAUCCCACCGUUUCUUUGUAUAGUGAGAAGAGUCGGGGCUUGCAUUGAGAGCAUGGCGGCGUGGCUUUAGUUGAAAUGGCACGUGUUCUAUACUGUAUUUUAACUAUGUCAAUCAGAUGACUUCUGAUUUGCAGAUCUUUUUUAAUCCAAUAUGUUGUCCACAUCUAAGGGACAUAAUGGCUAGCUGUAUAGGAUGUGGUUAUGGUUGUACUUUUACUUUUAACUUGAGAGCUUGGAAGCUCUAGCAUAUUGUUUUGAUUCUAGGGACAUGCUACUAUUGCCAACUUGCAAUUAUUGCAACCUGUUGUGACACCGCUCAAGCGCAGUAGCAUAGGUGAUGAUUGUUAAUUAAAGCAAUAGUUCACUUCAAAAUCAACCUCUUUUUUUUUGUCAAACAUUGAU